CGUCAAGGCAGUAGUAGGUCGUGCCCGGCAACUACAAUAUGGACAAGCGAGCUGUUGUCCACGCAUACCGUCAUCUCUAUCGGCAAGGUCUCAAAGCGCUUCAUUAUUCUGUACCUGCACGACAUGUCCUGCUCAAGACCUUGCGAUCCGGAUUUCGUUCGUCCUCGCCAAACGAUUUUGAUUCACAAAGGAUCGCAAACACUGUGCGCUUUCUCCAGCAAGCAACUGAUGUCGCGGGCCUCGAGCACAAGAUUUUGAAGAAUUUGAUGAUCAUUAGGUAUUGGGAACAACCGCAAGUGAGGAAAAAUGCUCGAGUGUAAGACUCUAUGGAUACCGGAAAAUCUUGUGAACCAACAAGGAGACAGUGCAAUUCUGACCUUGCUGAAGCCUGAAAGGUAUAGGGAUCGAAGGAAGCGAAGCCCAUGCCCGAAAAGAUGCCAAUGAACAGUUUGAGUUGACGCUCAUUCUUCUGAAC